GUUUAUCUUUACGUAGGCACGGCUGCAGGUUUCCAUUUCGACUUCUCUAAUUUUUCCCCAAAAGCGAAACCCUAACGAUGAAUUCCAUACCCAGGAGCUUCUCAUCCAUCUUCACACGCCCAAACGUCGGAUUAAACAAUCUGAACUCAGAUCUACAGCAAUGGCGGGGUAUCCGGGUGAAGAUUCUGAACAACAAUUUGGAGAGAGGACUGACUUAUAUGCAGAGGAUAAUGCAAUCUAGUGGCAUCGAACGAAUGAUAAAAAACGAACAGCUAUAUCACAUCAAGAACUCAGAGAAACGAAUUUUGGCUCGAAAGAAUCUACAGCGUAGGCUUAAAUCGCAAGACCUGGCUCGUAAGCUCAAGUCGAUUCUUGUUAGAAAAGUCAGGGGUUAUUGAGGGGGAAUGCACCAGAGAAUUGUUACGUUGAUUUUGAUAUAACUUUUAUAUUUUUUUAAUCAAAAAGUUUGUUUGUUUGAUGCCAAAAUAUGUAGUUCUUCGUUUUUCUGCAUAUAUAAGAUUAUCUGGACCCAUCAAUUUUGACUUCAAUUUGAAAUAAGUCUAAGCUUUAUAUGUAAAACCUCACACAACAAAUUUAACUAUAAGGCCUUUUAUUUUGGACCCUAAACUUUGAUAUUUUUAUUUUAAUAUGUAAUGUAUCUCAAGUUACUUCUAUUACCAACAUACUUGCACCUUUGUAACCAC